UGGGACGGCCGUCGUGGUGGGAGGCGUUUGUCCAGGAGACUGGAGAGAAACCGGCCGCGUAUUUUUCCUCCAGUCGGUUCUUAGCGUUCCGUUCGUCUAGGUCGGAAACGGAUUCCACCCCGGCUCCUCGAACAUCGAGGCCCGCACGCCUCACGCUUUUCGGAUCGGACCUCGACCGUUGGACUGGAUUUUAAUUUAUUUUACCUCAAGGAAUGGGUUCGAAGCGAUAAAGCUGAGAUGGGUGGAGUUUUGGAGAUGAGCACCGAGUUUUUCCUGGUGCCGAGGUCGAGCACGCCAGAUCCACCGAGGCUCGUCACCGCCGGGCCUACGUCAGUACCACUACCAAGCCCUAGCAUACUCAGGACGGACAUGUGGGUCCUCCCUCUCCUCGUCUUCUCUACUAUCACGAUGCUCCUCAUCGCUAUAUUCGAGGUUUUUGUUGUGCUCAAGACGUACCGGACGACGCCAAGCCGACGCCACUUGUUUCUCGGGCAAAUGUUGUUGCUUGGGUUAUUCUUGUGCUCGGCCGUUUCUGCGAUCCUCACAGCUCAGCCUACAGUCUUGACUUGUGCUGCAGUCAGACUGGGCGCCGGCUUGGCUUACACACUCGUCUUUUCUACUCUUCUGGUCAAGUGCGUUUUUCUUAUAUCGCUCAACGGAGGAGUGUACCUCCCAGCCCCAUACCAAGCACUACUCCUUUUCUUCGCCGUCCUCAUCCAGCUUACCAUCGGCGUCCAAUGGCUUAUUAACUCUCCGCCGAAAAUAAUCCAGCAGGUUGGAGGAUUGACCGUCUGCCAAACACCAUACCACCAUAUACUACUUUCUUUAGUCUACACAGUAUUUUUAAUAGUCGUCGUCGGAGUGUUAGCUUUAAAAUCGAGGGGUAUCAGAGACAACUACAGAGAGGCGACUUUCAUCGGCCUUGCCACUGCCUGUGUCAUUCCUGUCUGGCUCGGCUGGGCGCUAUGUGGACUGGUUGUGCUGGAGAGGAAUAGGGAUGCUUGUCUCGCCUUCGGCCUCAGCGCCUCUGCCCUGGUCGUUUUCCUUGUAAUGUUCAUGCCGAAAGGGAGACAAUUGGCUGCAAUGGGCAAAGAGGGAAUGUACUUAGAAGAUCGAGAAGACAAGCUCAGCUCUUUAUCGAGGCCCGCGUCGCCAAGCUUCUUCCAUUUUAAACCAGUUGCAAAGCAGCACCCAGUCAAUACCUUUGAUCGAGUAGCUUUGGUAGCUCCACCUCCUAGUUACGGCCAUCAUUAUUACCCGUACUGUUAUUUUCCAAGGCCUCUACCAGGAGGAGCAAGCUUCGACACAAGUAUGUACACAACGGUGGAGCGAACGAUGAGCACAAAUCCGAAUGUGUUCUUCCAUAGGUCAAGCGUACAUCCGGGAAUGAUGUACUAAGCUAAACGCUGAACACUGCGUUACCAGCAGCGAUCUCAAGUCGGUUUCAUCGACACAGUUUGCCCUUUCUGUUAUCAGUUGGUAAAUCGGAACGAUGAAAACGGGACUAACUACAAGGAGAAAAUUUACAGCACAUUGGUGUAAAAUAUGUUUAAUGUGAAUUGUUUGUAUGUUUCCUUCUUUAAAAACAAAAUAUAUAUAAUGUUAUUUGA